AUGGGCGUUGAAAAGACCAUUAUCAAGGAGGGUAACGGCCCUUCCCCUCAGAACGGCCAGAAGGUCAGCAUGGAGUACACUGGCUGGCUCCAGAACGCGGACGGUACCAAGGGCAGCCAGUUCGAUAGCUCUGUCGGACGCGGCGACUUUGUUGUCAACAUUGGCGUUGGCCAGGUCAUCAAGGGUUGGGACGAGGGUGUCACCCAGAUGAAGCUUGGCGAGAAGGCUACUCUCGUCAUCACCCCUGACUUCGGCUAUGGUGCUCGCGGCUUCCCCGGUGCCAUCCCCGCCAACUCUACUCUCAUCUUCGAUGUUGAGCUUAAGAAGAUCGGUUAA